UAAAAAUUAUAAAUAAAUUAAUAGAUCUCAAUAAUUCAGGGCACGAAAUUCAUAAGAAGUACAUAUAUCUCCGUAGCUGUUUUGGCUCAAAAUUUAAAACACUAUUUAACACUAUUGGAAAGUUGAAAAGUUUUUACAUAUAUAGGUUAAUACACUAACUAGCGAAAAUGAGUCCAAAACUAACGCAAAAACAGAUGAAGCGAAAGAUGAAGAAAGAACAAGAGGAGGCAGCACUGGCAGGGAGAUUGGCAGCAAAUGAAAAGAGUAAAGCUGCAGAACAAGACAAGAAACAUAAACAACAACAGCAACUACGAGAUCUGCAGCAAUGUUUAUUAACAGUACCGGGAUCAGAGAAACUGAAAACAGAAGCUACACUAUCGACUUUGCCAGCUGUAUUAUUAACAGAGGAACACCUUCAACAGCCGUCCGUUGAAACAUCAACAGUAAGCGAACCAUUAAAAAGUACGCACUUAUCGAUGCCAACAUUGUCUGUAUUAUCAAACUUGAACACAACACCACACGCAGCAGCACCGCACGUAGCAGCCCCCUUAUCAAAUCCGGCUGCACAACAGCAAACAUUGCGAACUCCAACACCAUUUCAAACUAUACCAACAAUUGCAAUGCCAUAUCCAAUGACUGCUCUUCCAAGAGCAUCACUAAGGUGGCUACAACCAAAUACAAUCCCACUGAACUUGCUGCCGUUCAGCCCGAUAAGAGGAAGAGCGCCAUAUAGAACUGGGCAACUGCCAGUACAACAAUUUUUAGCAAUACCCCUAUCUGCAACACCAUACGCAGGGAUGUAUAAUCCAGCCACACAAUAUGCUUCGCAACAAUACUUAAGUGCGCAAUAUGCAGCGUUACAAUAUUCAGCUACCCAAUUUAGGGGUACACAACAUUUACGUCCGCAACAAAUGUCACAACAUCAAGCGACGGCAAAUUCAUUAAAUCCAGGAGUAGAGUAUGAAGAGAUUCCGUUUUCAUCCGCACCAUACUUACAUCCAACGCCUUUAUUGGAAACAUCAGUUUCACCAGAAUAUCAUUUAGAUGAUGCACCGAUAGGGAAAACAACGCCUCCAUCAGAGCCAGUCAAUAACUCUAAUAGACUAUCGCUAUCUGUUGACGAAAUAAAAGAUAUUCGCUUUAGAGCAGUGCCACAUAAAUUUUCGCAGCAUGCGAAAAUUUCAAGGGUAAAAUCAGCGCUCGAUCAUCCUUUAGAGGAACCAGCAACUAAGAAUCAAUUUUUUGCUUCACCAACAAAAGAUUUGUUACUUACAAAAACAGUGAGGACACUUCAAGAAGCACAACAAUCGCCAACAGGGUUUAUGAAAAAGCUUCCAUUCAAACUUCCAAAGUUACGAACAAACGCGGCUUCACUUAAUGUACCAAAAGUACUAGAAAACCUAUUCGAAAAGAUUCCAUUGAGAGAAGCUUCAUUAGGAUCAACAUCACACGCAGAAGAGUUGCUAUUGGCGAGUCCUUCUUCACCAACAUUGUGCGUAGAAGAGCUUACAUCAACUUCAGAACAAUUAUCAACAGCAUCAGUGGUAGAACCUAAAUUAGCGCAUAUACCUACUAAACCAACAGUGUCACAGUUUCCUAUGCCAUCGCCAGCAGAAUUGGCAACGAAAAGCUGUCACAAAGUUGUUCACAUAAACGCGGAAGAUACUAGAAAUCCUAACACACAUAUUCCAAAAGAAAUUUAUGAAAAAUGGAAUUUUCCUACAACUCCCUCCAUUAUUAAUUAUUGUGAAUUUCCAAAAUCAAAUCCAAGACGUUGUGAAAAUACAUCCACUGAUCUUUAUUAUAAUUCUGAAGAAGAGGAAUCGGAACUUGUUGCAGAUUUAAAACAACUUCAUGAUGAUGUUAAGAGCGCUGCUAGCGCAGCAAGGACGACUAAUUCUCCAGAGGCGGUUAGUUUAUUUCCACCAAUUCCAUUUAAUGAUAAGCAAAAAUAUCAAUUAAAAAUGAUGUCCUCCGCAUACGAAGAUCGUAAGAAAUGUAAACCUUAUCGUAAAUAAUUUGUUCUCAUGUUCUUUUCAAUGUAAUAAUUGGCCUGUUAACUUUCUUCGACUCAAUAGAUGUGUUUAAAUAGUUUAAAUAUAAAUUUCUUUUAGUUCUUUAAAAAUUAUAGUUGACAAUAAAAUUUAAUUAUUUCAAUA